UCUGAGAGCCCGGAUGAAGAGUAACGCCAUUACCGCCCGAGCCGCCGAGAGCACUCGCGGACGCGGACUGGGGCUGGACACGGAGCGGCCGCGCCAUGAGGCUCCUCCCCCGCUUGCUUCUGCUUGUCUUGCUAGUGUUCCCCGCCACCGUCUUGCUCCGCGGAGGCCCGGGAGGCUCAUUAGCUGUGGCUCAGGAUCUUACAGAGGAUGAAGAGACAGUGGAAGAUUCAAUAAUUGAAGAUGAAGAUGAGGAAGCUGAGGUGGAAGAAGAUGAACCCACAGAUUUGGCAGAAGAUAAAGAGGAAGAAGAUGUAUCUGGCGAACCUGAAGCUUCACCAAGUGCAGAUACAACUAUUCUGUUUGUAAAAGGAGAAGAUUUCCCAGCAAAUAAUAUUGUGAAGUUCCUGGUAGGCUUUACAAACAAGGGUACAGAAGACUUUAUUAUCGAGUCCCUAGAUGCCUCGUUCCGCUAUCCUCAGGACUACCAGUUCUACAUCCAGAAUUUCACGGCUCUUCCUCUGAACACCAUCGUGCCGCCUCAGAGACAGGCCACGUUUGAGUACUCCUUCAUUCCCGCCGAGCCCAUGGGUGGACGGCCCUUUGGUCUGGUCAUCAAUUUGAACUACAAGGAUUUGAAUGGCAAUGUAUUCCAGGACGCUGUUUUCAAUCAGACUGUUACCAUCAUUGAGAGAGAGGACGGCUUAGAUGGAGAGACAAUCUUCAUGUACAUGUUUCUCGCUGGUCUCGGGCUUCUGCUGAUUGUUGGCCUUCAUCAGCUCCUGGAAUCUAGAAAGCGCAAGAGACCCAUACAGAAAGUUGAGAUGGGUACAUCGAGUCAGAAUGAUGUUGACAUGAGUUGGAUCCCUCAGGAGACCUUGAAUCAAAUCAUGCAGAGUAGAAGAGACAAAGCCUCUCCGAGGAGGGUGCCCCGGAAGCGGGCGCAGAAGCGGUCGGUGGGAUCUGACGAGUAAACGUGCCCUUGUGCAGCUGCUGUCUGUGCUUGCCCUGCCCUCGUGUUUCGGCCUGACGGGAUUAGAGCAGAGACGCACGGCACCAUAGGAGGCACCUGCUACUUACGCGUGGACUGAGCAAUGCGAGUGUGGGAUAACAUGGCUGAAAAUGCACUGCAUUCAUUUUUCUAAAGUAACGAAUUUGGUUUUUUUUUAAACCAUUAAAAUCUAUGUGUGUGCGUGUGUAUGCGUGUGAGCAGUCGGUCUUACCAGAAUCACUGUUGAACUACCUGAAUCAUGCCUUUAGAAUACUGAAUGCAAGCCAUUGUCUCUUCUUUAUGUCCUCUGAUUUUUACCCCCGGUAUGAUUAUAGGUGCCCCGCUUGCACUGUCUUAAGGCAACAACUUGUUUCCUCCUUACAGUUGCUCAGAUCCCACCUAAUGGCACAAAUUAGCAUUAUUUUUCAGUGCUUUUUUCCAACUAGUAUUCUAAAGGCAUAGGCAGGAGUGGCUGCUUUUGUAGCAAUAGAAUUGUUUUGGUAUUUUUGCUGCUGUUAAAUGCGCACCUUCAAAAAAUUUCCCAAAUGGACUCAAGGAAUUUGGGGAUAUUGCUAGCAACAAAAUUAUAAAACUUGAAAAUUCUGCUGACUUUGAUAUAUAAAUCCCAACCCUACCCGCUUCUAUCUGACAAAGAAAAUGGUACCUUUGUGCGAA